AUGGAUAUUGAAAAAUGGAAUCAUAAUAAUAAUAAUAAUAAAAUGGCAUUAUUUUCAAACUUAACUAGUAUGGGUCAACCAUCUUCAACAGUAAACAAUAAUAAUAAUGUAUUAAGUGGUGGUCAAAUACAAGGAAUGAAUCAAAUGGUUUCACAAGAGAUGGUCAAAGGUGAAGGUGCAUUCUCUAAUAAUCCUGUUUUGAAUUCUAUGAACAAAUCUACAAUUUCAUUAUUAUCUAUGUUGUUUAAAUAA